AUGGAGGGGGACUCAUCUGGAGCCCCACCAGCGGAUGCUGACGGGAACCAAGGGAGAGAAGCUGUUAGAGUGGGAUCGAAACGAGGAAGAGUAAGGCUGGAAAGCAAUGAAGAGGGCGCAGAUUCAAUGGUCUUGAUCGAUCAACAGGCAUCGUUGCAGGAUAGUAAACCAAGAUCAUCGUACAGGAAUGUCUUAUUGCAGGAUGAUAUAGAGGCUAUGCUAGAUUCAGAAGAUUCAGAGGACGAGGAUCGUCUUUUGGAAGAUUUUGAGUCUGAUGAAGAUGAGUUUAGAUCUGACAUAGAAGGUCCAUAUAUUAGUCUGACUAGAGCAGAUAAAGAAAGGAUCAGGAAACCAUGGAGGAAAACCCUAACUAUAAAAUUGUUGGGAAGAGAUAUAAGCUAUACUUACCUGUGCAACCGAGUGAAACAGUUAUGGUCCUUAAAAGGAGAGUUCCAGGCAGUGGAUCUAGACAAUGGUUAUUACUGUUUCAAAUUCUCUAAUAAAUCUGACCAUAGGCAUGUUCUAUCAAAAGGCCCAUGGAUUAUUGCGGAUCAUUAUCUUACCAUUCGAAGAUGGUCUCCAGGAUUUCGGUCGGAUGAAGCUUCCAUUGAUUCUGUAGCAGCAUGGAUCAGAUUACCAGGCAUGCCAUUAGAAUUUUAUGAUAAAGAAAUGAUGUCCAAAAUUGGGAAUCUACUUGGGAAAACAUUGAAGAUAGAUCGAACCACUUCCUAUGCAAUAAGCGGAAAGUUUGUGAGGAUGUGUGUUGAACUAGAUCUAACCAAACCCUUAGUUCCCAAAAUCUAUAUAGGAGGACGAUGGCAAAGGGUAGAGUAUGAAGGAUUACACAUGCUAUGCUUCCAUUGUGGGAAAUUUGGGCAUGGUUCAGAUCUUUGUCCAGUCCGUCAAAAGGAAACAGAGGGCUUUUCGGAGGAACAAGUAACCAAAUUAGCUUCAGAAAAGAAAAAUCCUACAAGGGAACAUGAAUCUACACCCUAUGGGCUGUGGAUGGUGGCUAAGAAAACCUAUAGACGGAACAGUGAAAAUAAGACUGAGGGAGGGACCAAAUCUAAACUAAGGAUGUCGUCACAGAUAGGGACGUCCCAAGAAGUGGCUAAACUGGGCUCAAGAUUCUACAUAUUAGCAGAGGAGGGAAAUACUCUAGAUAAUGAGGAAUUUGUUAUUGAGACCGUGCUAAGGGGGGACACGAAAAAAGUACUUAAUAAGCCUAAAAAAAUUGUUGCAGUUGUGCAGAAGAAGCAGAAUUUGAAGGAAUCUCUACAAGAAGCAGCGACUGUAUCUAACAGGAAUCCUACUCCUUCAGCAUCAAAGGGUACACUUGUGACAUCACUGGUUCCUAAGACUGUUUCAUCAGAGAUAGAUAUUAAGAGCAAUGAGAGGAUACAAACAAGGGAGAAUAAUGUUGCAUUGAUGGGGUCAAGUGGAAUGGCUAUACAGAGAAACUCUCAAGCACCGGUGGAGAUAGCAUUAGCUAGUCAGACUCGGAUGGAAACCAUUCCAAUUACUGCAUCUUUCCUAGUACCACAAUAG